UUCAUGUCGUGCAUAAUGAUGAAGUUCUUUAUUCUCUUCUGUUUCCUGCUCGGGGCGGCUUCUGCCCAGCGUGUCACUUUCAAGAAUUGCGAGUCUGACAAGUCGGGCUAUGGGACAGUCAAUGUUAUUGACAUCAAGGACCCGAUUCUCUUCCCUUCAAAUGUCUCUGCGGAUAUCGAUAUUGAAGUCACGAAAGCUUUCCCGGAAGGCGCCACGGUUCAGCUGACAGUUUAUCGAGUCUUCAGACUGUUCGGAAAAGAUCGACACAUCAAGAUUCCGUGCGUCAUGAAGGCUGGCUCUUGCGAAUACGAUGUCUGCAAACUUCUCCUGAAAUCGUCGAAACCUGGGGCGACCUUUGAUUUGUGCACGGUUUGGCCCGAGGGUAAACCCUGCGUCUGUCCCAUCCCAGAGACGAAUCUGAGGAAGGAGAACGCCAGUCUCAGCUUCCCGACUCUGCCCGGACUUGCGAAAUUCUUAGUCAGUGGAAACUACGCGGUCAAUGCCAAAUUCAUCGACCCCUCGGACAAGCAAUCGUUCUUCUGUCUUGACAUCAAGGCCACUCUCGGUUGAUCGUCACUUGUGACAACGGAUAUCAGCGCAUCCUCCCAACGUAUUUCUAUGCAGUUGGACGGACAAUGAAAUAAAACUUUCCAAAAAC